UUUGAGGACUGGUCAUCUGUAAUCUUGGAAAUGUAGAGUCAUGUGUCUAACUAGCAGACGGAGCUGAUACAGGCUUCUUCCGUUGCAGGAAGGCCAGGGUGUGGUGAGACGUGGGACUCUCAUGGUGCACUAGUGGCUGUGUGCAAUGCUGGCCUGUCUGCCAGUUCCAGGUGACCUUCCAUUCCAGCUGCUCUCCCACUUGCAGAUGAACACGGGACUUCAGAAAUGGGACAGUACACGGAAGAUGAGAUCUGCACAGUAUCCAACUCCAGCAGAGUUGGAUGCCUAUGCUAAGAAAGUGGCCCACAGUCCUCUGACAAUUAAGAUCUUUCCUAACAGUGUAAAGGUUCCCCAAAAGAAGCACGUCCGUCGCACAGUGAAUGGGCUUGACACCUCAAGCCAUCGCUAUUGCCCCUACCCAUCUCAGGCCAGUGCAAAAGCAGGGCUCCUCAGUGUUGUCAAAAUGCCCAUUAAAGGCGUCAUCAAGGACAUGCAUGGCAGCCGGGUACACCAGUUCCCUGAAGCCACCAUGAACCAUCACAAUGGGUCCUAUUUUCCCCAGAGCACUUUAAAUGUUCCUCAGACCACUCCACAGUCACAGGGGCCUCUGCAACCCCAACAUAUUGCCCAACAACAGAAUUUAAACCACGUUCAGGCCUUAGCCCAGCAGAAGCCUCGGAGUCAGCCCUGUUUACAGACAGUGUCGCGACAGCAGGUUGGGCCGCAGGGCUUGAGGCACCUUCCCAGCUCAACCCAACCCCUGAGCAUGCAACAUCACCAGGCCUUGCCCCCUGUACAGACUGUCCCCUACCCCUUGAGUCUGCAGCCAACUCCAGCCAACAUGAUGCUGCAUAACUUAGAACAGACACAUACAAACCUCCAUUGGACUAGAAAUAUGCCAGGUACUGAAGCCCCACCAAACGUGACCGUGUCUACCUCAACCAUCCCACUGCCCAUGGCAGCUGGGCUUCACCAUAACCGACCGGCUGACCUGAGCAGCAUUGUGCACCAGAUCAACCAGUUCUGCCAGACAAGAGCAAGAAUUGGCACUACCUCUUUGUGCGAGGGGCAAAUUGCCAACCCCAGCCCCAUCAACCGCAAUCUGCUUAUCAGCACUAGCUCCCGAGCGUUAUCCCAUCACUCAGCCCCAGGUGCCCCACCUAUGUGUGUCCUUGGCUCUGCACACAAGGCUGCUGCUCCCAUUCCAGUGGGUGCUCUCCCACCACUGGAUAUCGCUACAGUGAACCCCAUGCACAUGCUCCGUGGUGAUGGGAAAACACAGCAACAGUCCUGGAGCCAGCAGCAUGGAAUGCUCCAACAGAACAUUUCAGAGGCUGAGCAUCUCGGCAAACCUGCAUUGCUGGACCCUCCUGGAGGACCUGCCUUUCCUAAUAACAGCACUGGCUACCCACUAGACAUGUCUUUGGGCCAACCUUUCAACCUGAAGCUCCCUAUGGACAAGCCCACUCCUUCGCCCCCCGUCAUUGGGGUUCCAGCUGCAAUUUCCUACACCAAUGGGCCUUACUUAAAGCCCCUUUGGAAUGGAGUCCUCCCAACCCCAAACAGUGACAGCUCAGGCUCGCAGGACCUGGCCCUGCACUUCCAUGGGGGGCCAUUGGGUGCCCAAGUAGACUGCACCCCUGCAUCUAUCCAGAGGCCUGGAGCCAGCUCCUCUGGCCACACUAAUCCUAGGCAAGCCAUGGAGUAUAUGGCUGGAGACUUCCAUGCAGCCUGCUUCAAGGAUCAGAGCUUUGGGAACAGGGGCAAAAUACAGAGGCCUGCAAUAGUCAGAGGCCCUGAGACAGGCAGUAGUAGAAAUCCUCAAAUGCAGCAUCCAGGGUAUAGAUGAACUACAGCCUUGUCUAUAUAGUCACCCACUUAAGUCUUAGCCAUUUAGCAAGCAAAUUACUUAAUUAUAUUUAAACCUGGUGUUUUAU